CAUUUCUGAGAAUGUGCAACUCGAUGGGACAGUGACAGCCCUAGCAAGAAAAAUAAACAAAAGGUGUAAAAUAUAUAGACAUUUGUUGGUAUGCAAAUGAAUCCAAACAUAACAAUCGAACGAAAGCGCGUUGACUGCAGCGCAUUGCCAAAAGGCUGGCAGCGUGAAGAAGCCGGAAUUGACGUUUUCUACUAUAGUCCAACAGGCAAAAGAAUUGAAAGCAAACCGCAGUUAGCACGUCAAUUGGGCGCCGAGAUGUUUGAUAUAAGCAACUUUGAUUUUCAAACCGGCAAAAUGCAGCAGCAACAACAUCGCCAAAUGCCGUCGCCCUCUAUAUCUCUGUAUAGAUGCAAUGCAGCUGGCGCUAUUAUUGGUAACGUUGGCUCUGGAAGAAACGCUGCAAAUGCUUUAAAGCGUAGAUAUAGCCGAAAUCAAGCCGAGAACUUAAUCAAUAGCAAUAAUAGUAAUGGUGGAAAUGCUGCAACAAUCGCCGCCGCAGCAGCAGCAUUGGCAGCAGCAACAUCAACAACAGCAACCUCAACGGGAACUAAUCUGCGCCAGCAACAUCAGCAGCAGCAGCAGCAACAACAAGUUGAAUUCAGCCGGGCUUUGCGUACAGAUGUAUCCUUGGUGCCACCUAUACGUCAGACUGCGUCCAUUUUCAAACAGCCGGUGACAGUUGUGCGCAACCAUGAGCCCAGCAAGGUGAAACACGAUGCUAAGCAUGGUGCCCAGGAGAAGCCCAAACAGAUGUUCUGGGAGAAACGGUUGGAGCGUUUGCGUGCCUGUCAUGAUAACGGAGAAGAGUUGGACGAUAUUUCACUGCCCAAGACCAUACGCACUGUUGGUCCAAAUGUUAAUGAACAGACGGUCUUGCAAUCCGUAGCCACUGCGCUCCAUAUGCUCAAUGCUGGCGUACAUGGACAAAGCUGCACAAAAACUGAACUUAGCAAGAAUGCCAUAGCGUUUAUGAAUCCCGAACAGCCCCUAAUGCAUGCUGUUAUCAUCUCCGAGGACGAUAUACGCAAGCAGGAAGAUCGUGUAGGCGUGGCAAGACGAAAGCUGCAAGAGGCGCUUAAAAUAUAAAUCGCAUAGCAAUCGUGCUUCCGUACAGCAGAAGAAUACAUCAACUAACCACUUUUUUACAACCAUAAUAUUAGUUUAUAUGUAUAAUGCUAAGCUUAGACAUUUAAUAAAAUGUAAUGUAUUACAGCAAAUAGUAAAUGGGUGUAACAAUUUCUUUUAAAUUUUAUAAUCCAUGGCGAUGCAGUUUGUUACUAAAAUACAGUUUUCAAAAAGUUAUAGCUUCAUAUACAUAACAUUAAAUACACAUGUGUAUGUAUCCUUUCAUUUAAACAUUUUGCCUUGGGACAUAACAUUUGUUGCUGUGCAUUUUUUAAAAAUAGGCGACAGUUAUGCUCUCAUUACAUAUUAAAAAUAUACAACGAUUAUUACAACUACACAUAGAC